AUGGGAAACUAUGUCUCGUGCACCCUAUCAACCCUAGGAGGGAAACAACCGGCCUGCAAAGCAGCCAAAGUCAUCUUCCCCGGCGGCGAACUCCGGAAGUUCGACGAGCCGAUAAAGGCCGCCGAGCUAAUGCUCGAGAUGCCGAACUUCUUCCUUGUCAACUCUUGCUCUCUGCAGAUCGGGAGAAGGUUUUCCGCUCUGAACGCCGACGAAGACCUAGAAAUGGGCAAUGUCUACGUCAUGUUCCCCAUGCAGAGAGUGAAUUCCGUCGUCACCGCCGCCGACAUGGGCGCCAUCUUCCUCGUCGCGAAGAAGGCGGUUUCGGGGGGGAAGAAAAGGGUUUUGCCGGCCGAGGCCGGCGAGGCGGCCGUGGCGAUUGGGAAUUUGAGAAAAGAUAACAUUGAUCAUGAUCAUGUGGCCGCGGCGCCGGCGCCGAAAUUGAAUUUAGAUGACAUCGAGGACUUCUCGGCGCCGGAGUUCAUGCAUAGAUUGUCAAUGAGCAGAUCUAAGAAGCCAUUAUUGGAGACUAUUGUAGAAUAA